AUGGCCGAUGACGCUGUCCUCAUCGCCGUCGCCAACUUCGCGGCGUCGCUCGCCCCGGAUUAUACGACGACCAGCUCAGCGACUGAGCAUCCUACCUCUCAUCUCAUCCUCCCGGGCCCGGACACCAAAGCGAAGAAGAGGCUGGAGCUUGAGCUUCAAAGUCUAGCCGCCAGAAUCCGCCAGAAUGAAGGCGUGCCACCUAUGCCUGUACUGUCGGGCUUACCCACACCGAAUGAGCACAGCGAUACUCUAUUUGGCUCAAAUGGUUCCUCUCCCUACGCAGCUGCUGCCAGGCCGAGUCUCAGUCACAAUGGUCGGGACGAUGUAGACGGUGGCAACCCCUCUUCUAAGCGUCGCCGGCUACAACAUGACGCUGCCGACUCAGGUCAAGAUGAGAAUAGCGACGAGCCAGGCGUUUUUUCAAGUUCCCUUCAGAAAUCCGGCAGUUCCGCCGCCUCUCUCACCACCCAGAUGCAGUUACCGCAGAGGGCGAUCAAGGCGAAUGAGUACGGGUCUAUGGCGGAAUUGGAGAAGGAGUUGCUCAAGCAUCAGAAAGCAAAUGAAGCUUUCCAGAAAGUGCUUAGGGAGAUUGGCCAGAUUAUCACUGCUGUUGCCCGCGGAGACCUGACCAUGAAGGUACACAUGAAUGAUGAAGAACUGGACCCCGAGAUCAACAAUUUCAAGCGCACCAUUAAUGCCAUGAUGGAUCAACUGCAAACGUUUGCGAGAGAGGUCUCCCGAGUUGCCCGAGAGGUUGGUACGGAAGGCUUAUUGGGAGGGCAGGCGAUCAUAGAUGGAAUUGAUGGAACUUGGAAAGAACUAACCGAUAAUGUGAAUAUUAUGGCACAAAACCUCACCGAUCAAGUCCGAGAGAUCGCGUCUGUCACAACGGCGGUCGCUCAUGGCGAUCUGACCAAAAAAAUUGAGCGGCCGGCAAGAGGCGAGAUUUUGGAGUUGCAACAGACCAUCAACACUAUGGUCGGCCAACUACGGACCUUCGCUUCGGAGGUCACCCGCGUGGCGAGAGACGUUGGUACGGAGGGCAUUCUUGGUGGACAGGCUGAUGUUGCUGGCGUACAGGGAAUGUGGAACGACCUAACAAUCAAUGUCAACGCCAUGGCCAAUAAUCUUACAACCCAAGUCCGGGAUAUCAUCAAGGUCACAACAGCUGUAGCCAAGGGUGAUCUUACACAAAAGGUCCAAGCUGAUUGUCGAGGAGAGAUCUACGAGCUCAAAUCAACUAUUAACUCUAUGGUCGAUCAAUUGCAGCAGUUUGCUCGAGAGGUCACGAAAAUCGCUGAAGAGGUCGGCACUGAAGGCCGCCUUGGAGGCCAGGCUACAGUACACGACGUCCAAGGGACGUGGCGAAAUCUCACUGAGAAUGUGAACUAUAUGGCUAUGAACCUUACGACCCAGGUGCGCGAGAUUGCCAAGGUGACUACGGCUGUAGCCAAAGGAGACCUUACCAAGAAGAUUAGCGUGGAAGCAAAAGGAGAAAUCCUCGAAUUGAAGAAUACGAUUAACCAAAUGGUUGAUCGGUUAGGCGCGUUUGCGUCCGAAGUCAGCAAGGUAGCUCGAGAGGUCGGAACAGAAGGAACCCUGGGUGGACAGGCCCAAGUUUCAAAUCUCGAGGGCAAGUGGAAGGAUUUAACAGAGAAUGUCAAUACUAUGGCCUCCAAUCUCACGGUGCAGGUGAGAAGCAUAUCAGCCGUCACACAAGCUAUCGCCAAUGGAGACAUGAGCCAAACCAUCGACGUUGAGGCAAACGGAGAGAUUCAAGUAUUAAAAGAGACAAUCAACAAUAUGGUUUGGCGUCUAUCAAGCUUCUGCUACGAAGUCCAGAGGGUUGCCAAAGACGUAGGUCUCGGCGGGAAAAUGGGUGCUCAGGCAGACGUGGUCGGCCUGGACGGGCGGUGGAAGGAAAUUACCACAGACGUCAACACGAUGGCUAGCAACUUGACAACCCAAGUUCGAGCAUUUUCCGAUAUUACAAACUUGGCGACAGACGGCGAUUUCAGCAAGCUCGUGGAUGUGGAAGCAUCUGGCGAAAUGGACGAGCUAAAACGAAAGAUUAACCAAAUGAUUUCAAACUUGAAAGAUAGUAUUCAAAGGAAUACCCAAGCUCGAGCUGCUGCCGAGUUAGCCAACAAGACAAAAUCGGAGUUCCUCGCCAACAUGUCCCACGAGAUCCGAACCCCGAUGAAUGGCAUCAUCGGAAUGACGCAACUGACGCUUGACACCGAUCUAACGCAAUAUCAGCGAGAGAUGCUUAAUAUUGUUAAAAGUCUAGCCAGCAGCCUCCUUACCAUCAUUGACGACAUCCUGGACUUGUCAAAGAUUGAGGCUAGGAGAAUGGUUCUGGAGGAAAUACCUUACACCCUCCGCGGCACUGUGUUUAACGCUCUCAAAACGUUGGCAGUAAAGGCUAAUGAGAAGUAUCUCGAUCUUACAUUCAAGGUUGAUAGCUCGAUCCCGGAUUACGUUAUCGGCGAUUCAUUCCGGUUACGACAGAUCAUCAUGAACCUAGUAGGCAACGCGAUUAAGUUUACCGAGACAGGGCAGGUUAGCCUCACCAUCAGAGAGAGCAUUGGACCAUCGCAACUAAAGCCUGGGGAAUACGGUCUGGAGUUUGUUGUCGAAGACACGGGAAUCGGUAUAGCGGAAGAUAAACUUGACCAUAUCUUCGGCACAUUCCAGCAAGCCGACGGCUCCAUGACUCGCAAAUUCGGCGGCACCGGCUUAGGGCUUUCUAUUUCCAGGCGUCUUGUCAACCUUAUGGGCGGCGAUAUAUCUGUCACCAGUGAGGCCGGGAAGGGCAGCCAGUUCUACUUCACCUGUAUUGUCAGACUUGCCUCUGGCGGUAUCGAGUUUAUCCAGAAGCAAUUGCAACCAUAUCGCGGCCAUCGCGUUCUAUUCAUUGACAAGGCUCGACCAAAUCCAGGAUCCGAGAUCAAGGAGAUGCUGAAAGAGCUUGGUCUCCUGCCUGUGACAGUGAGCUUGGAAGACUUCGCGGUACAUGGUCAAACCAAUCUAUCCAGUACUUUGCCGACCGAUGACUGCGACGCCAUCUUGGUGGAUUCAAUCGAAACUGCGCGAGAAUUCCGUGCUUUGGACGAGUUUAAGGACUUGCCAGUUGUGUUGCUAGCGCCAGUUGUUCACGUCAACCUCAAGACAUGUCUCGAGUUGGGAAUCACGUCCUACAUGACGACGCCUUGUCAGCUUGUCAACCUAGGGACGAGUAUGAUCCCCGCGUUGGAAAACAGAGCAACACCGACACUGGCAGAAAACACGCGGACUUUGGAGAUCCUUCUUGCUGAAGAUAAUACGAUUAAUCAGAGGCUGGCUGUCAAAAUUCUCCAGAAAUAUAACCACAUUGUAACUGUCGCAGGAAAUGGGCUGGAAGCCGUGGAGGCUGCCAAGGAAAAGAAAUUCGAUGUAAUCCUAAUGGAUGUUCAGAUGCCUGUAAUGGGCGGUUUUGAGGCAACCGCCAUGAUACGAGAAUACGAAAAUAGUAUCGGGCGUAGGACACCUAUUAUUGCAUUGACAGCACAUGCUAUGAUUGGUGAUCGUGAAAAGUGUAUGCAAGCACAGAUGGACGAGUACUUGUCAAAACCUUUACAACAGAACCAACUUUUGGAGACUAUCUUGGCCUGCGUGAGCAGAUCGGAGUAG